AUGGCACGUCAGCUCGAGAGCCCAGAGCUUUACACUAUCGCGUGGAUCGCGGCGUUGCCGAUCGAACGAGCAGCAGCAACUGCACUGCUUCAAGAGGUCCAUAAGGAACCGAAAGGUUUCACUCAAAAUGCAACCGAUAGCAACUCGUAUUGCUGGGGUCGACUUGGAGAACACAACAUCGUGAUUGCAUCACUCCCGGCAGGAGUCUACGGCACCACACCUGCAGCAAUGACUGCCUCUGACUUGAUCCACUCUUUGCCUCAUAUUCGCUUUGGACUAUUGGUAGGAAUAGGUGGUGGAAUCUCCCGUCCCGUCGAGGAUCAAGAUAUCCGACUCGGCGAUAUUGUUGUGAGCCAACCGGAGGGAACGACCGGAGGGGUAGUUCAACAUGAUUUUGGCAAAGCGACAGCAGGAAGGGCCUGGGAACAGAAAGGGUCCCUCAAUAGGCCCCCUUCCGUGCUCCUGCAUGCACUGGCGCGCUUACAAGCAGAACAUGAGAGGAUGCCGUCAAAGAUACCCGAGUUACUCAAAGCAAUGUGGAACAAGAACGACCGUCACAUGACCAAAGGCAAGACGAACUAUACUUACCCUGGCGCGAAGAACGACCGGCUAUUUAAGUCUGAACAUACCCAUGUCGGUCUUGGUACUUGUGUUAAGUGUGAUCCCGCCUGGGAGGUGGAGCGUCAAGAGCGAGAUUCAACUGAUCCUGAGAUUCACUACGGAAUUAUUGCAUCUGGUAACACACUCAUCAAGGACGCCGCUUUCCGUGAUAGUCUAUCUGAAAAACAUCAGUUUCUUUGCGUCGAAAUGGAAGCUGCUGGGUUGAUGGAUCGAUUCCCAUGUCUAGUAAUCCGUGGUAUCUGUGACUAUGCAGACUCGCAUAAAAACGACGGGUGGCAGCGGUAUGCGGCUGCUACGGCUGCUGCAUUUGCCGCAGAGCUUCUCGGACAUGUUCCGACCAACAAAGUUCAAGAGGCGCGCCAGGCUAUUGAGGUAGUUAGAGGACUUGAACAUAAAAUCACCAAUUUGAGCACCUCUGUUGAUAAAAUCGAGUUGAAGAUUGUUUUGGAUCGCUUGCCAGACGCAGCAGGCGCCCGUUUCGAUUCUCAGACCGAGGAACACAAUCCAAAGUGCUUAGCCAAUACCAGAGUCGACCUCCUUCGAGAUGUAUCCAGUUGGAUCACCGAGGACGCAUCGAAGCCAAUAUUGUGGCUGAAUGGCAUGGCGGGCACCGGAAAGUCGACUAUUGCACGCACUGUUGCCAGCGACAGAUCUGAUCAUGGUGACCUCGGCGCUAGCUUCUUCUUCAAAAGAGGCGAAGCAGAUCGAGGCAGCCUACAGAGAUUCGUGCCUACUAUCGCUCGCCAACUCUCCAGAAAUAUCCCAGGAUUCGCUCUUUCAGUGAAAGCUGCACUCGACUCUGACCCCGAGAUUACCAGCAAGUCUGUGGCGAAGCAAUUUGCUGCGCUGGUAGAGGCCCCAAUGGUAAACCUGACGAAGAAAAUAUCCCGAUUUACAAUAGUUGUUGACGCCCUGGACGAAUGCGAUGGGGAUGAUGAGAUUAGAUCGCUGAUUCGUCUACUCUCUCGAACCAGUCCUAUCCAACAUUGUCUCCGAAUUCUUAUCAAAAGUCGGCCAGAUCUUCCUAUUCGUCUCGGGUUUGCGAAAGUCAGCGGAAGCUAUCGAGCUUUAAUCCUUCACGAUAUGCCAGCAGACACCAUCAAGCAUGACAUCGAGACGUUCCUUUUAUCUGAAUUCGAAAGCAUUCGAGAUGAUUUCAACAUCCUUGCUCCUAAACAGUUGGAGCUACCGCCUCUAUGGCCCGGGCAAGAUGUUAUAGAUCAACUGACAAAUAUGGCAAUACCUCUUUUCAUCUUUGCAGCUACUGUCUGUCGUUUUGUCAAAGACUAUAAAGUGGAUGGUCCCUUAGAUCGGCUUUCCAAAUAUCUCCAACUGAGUGAUCACAACUAUGGGACUCAACUUGGGCAAACCUACGGGCCAGUUCUGCAGUCGAUUGUCACUGGGGUCUCUGGAGAGGAUCAUAGGCAAAUUGUUGAGCAGACCUGUCAGGUAGUUGGAGGGUUUGUUAUUCUCGCAGCUCCGCUCUCAGUCAUGGCGAUGUCACGGUUGCUCGAUGUUCCUUUCAGCCUCGUGCAUAGCCGGCUGAAUGCACUUCAUUCCAUAUUGAAUAUUCCGUCGAGCUUACACGAGCCAGUCCGGAUGUUACAUAUCUCACUUCGAGAUUACCUCACUGACCCUGACCAACGCGAUAAGAAUGAGUUUUGGGUCGACAGGGAACAUGUUCAUCUAGAACUAUUGCAGAACUCGUUGCGAGUGAUGAACGAUAACUUGAAAGAAAACAUAUGUCGUCUCGUGUGGCCUGGAAUAGAACGCACCGAUAUCCCCGCAUCCCAGGUAGCCACCUGUAUUGCUGAUGAAUUACAGUAUGCCUGCUGUUAUUGGGUCUACCAUCUUCAGGGUGUCAGAAACCCGUCGCUUCACGAGGAGGCAAUAUUCAUGUUCUUACAGAAACACUUCUUCCACUGGAUAGAGGUCUUGAGCUUGCUAGGAAGAUGGAAGGAGGGUCUUCAAUGUGUCAAGACAUUGAGGACUAUCAUGAAGAGGGAAGGCGAUAUACAUGGCCAUUUCCUUAACGAGAUCUUGAAAUUUCUUCAAACAAACUCUACAGUCAUCGAUCUACAUCCUCUUCAACUGUACUCAUCACUGCUGUAUUCUAUCCCAUCCGACAGUCUAUUAGAUAAAGUCCUUGAAAGGAGACUUCCCUCGUGGCUACAACAUGCGCCCGAACCGAACCAGACAUCAGACCGGGCUCAAUACAUAUUAGAAGGCCAUGGAAAGCUCGUGGGACAUUGCAGAAUCUCGCUGGAUAACACGCGUUUGGUUUCAUGCUCUGACGAUGGCAGACAAUUGCGCGUCUGGGCUCUUGAAGCAGGUGAAUGCAUUUAUGUCAUUGAUGAUAAAAGUUCGAUUUCGCCGCUUGAACUUACUAUUUCCUACGAUGGAUCAUGGGUAGGCGCCCUCACCUUUGGCACUUACUAUUUUGUUGUUAGGAGCCAGGAGCAGUUUACCUCUAGUAACAGAGCAUACUCCGAUACUGGCAGCGGCGCAAAUUCUGAUGUCAGUAGCGAGGGGGACCUUGAUACCACAGGGGACUGUAACAAGUCUGCCUUUCCUAUUUUGAAACUCUGGAAUAUAGAUUCCGGGGAGUCCUUUGAGCAAACACCUGUGCUGGAACAACUUCCUGGUGGGACAACUUUCCGAUUUUCGCCAAACUCUAAACUCCUUGUGUUCCUAGCAUAUACGGGUGCGGCUGUUGUCCGACACUUAGCUACGGCUGAGGCUCCGCAAGAAGUCUAUCUCGCGUAUGAAACAACGGGCAGAGAGCGCUUCCACCCAUACCGAAACUCCCAGCAUCGACAAAGCUCAUUGUUUUACUAUAUUGAGUUUUCACCUGAUUCUUCCCUCCUUACAAUAAUGUCAGUUCCAACCAUGGACUGCGCGGUAUGGGAAACCAAGACUUUCGAAUGUGUUCGAUACCAGAAGGUAGCCCCGUUCUUGCAAGACAUCUUCGGUAGCGGUCCAAAGGCGCUGGAAACAAUUUCUUGUGCCAUUACCGUCGAUGCGUCAAUCAUGGUAGCCGGCGCCUUUUCAGUCGAUGAUUUGCCCCGCCCGUGGGAAAGAAGACAGAACACUAAACUCGAGAUUAGAUGGCUCGACUCUGACGCAAUUAUCUGUAACAUCGAUUGCCAAGGACACGUUGUCCGGAGCCAGUUUUCCUCCGAUCAGAGAGUCCUAGCGUCCAUUUGUUGGGAUGGAUGUGUGAGAACAUGGAGAGUUGAAACAGGACAAUGCCUCACUAUGUGUGAAACCCACUCUGGCUACUUGAACAUUAGCCUUUCACCAAAUUUCGAGUUAUUAAGCUCAACACCAAAAGGCAAAACCACAAUUAUUUGGGCAAAUCAUUCGCUUGAAACGAACUAUGAGCCAAAAAAGAGGCCAGAUCUAAUUGAGUCAGUGAUCUUAUCACCAGAUUGCAGUCUUGCAGCUACUUCCUCUCUCGAAGGGGUUGUGAAAGUUUGGGAUACGGAUACGUGCAAUUGCAUUUAUCAAUUCGAUGUCGGCCUCCAGAAGAGCGCCGCACCAGAUCUUCUUCGUUUCACAAGCGACAACUGUUAUUUGUUUUUGGCCUGGACCUCCGCCAUGAAAGAACCCUUUUUGCAGUGCCACAAUUGGAAUGGCCAUUUCUGGUGUUGGGAUGUAACUACAGGACAAGAUGUCAUGAACCUCCAAACCAACAUCCAUGCUGCAAAUGCCUACAGAGGAUCUGCAGUAUCCAUCACUCCCGACGAUCGUUGGAUCAUUUUGGUACAGGACAGGAUCGUGACGAUUAUCUCCAUCGAAAAUACAUCGAUCAUUCGUGAGGUACCAUUUUCAACGCCUAUUUACGAUGUAGCAGUCUUCCCCGACUCACAAUCUCUUCUUGUCUUAUCAUCUACAAGCGACAAUCUCAAAAUCAAUGAAGGCGAAGAUCGACAGUUCGGAUCUUAUUUCAGAACACAUGGAUUAUCUCUGUCUAUGCUCAGCAUAAUUGAUUGUGCACCUCCUGUCAACAUUGUAUCGAUGCCAGAAUGCGUCCAUGGUAUAUUAGCUGCAUCGCUAGACUCGAAACUCCUAGUUAUUCGAACAUGCUCUGGUCUCGAAUGGUCAGUCUCGGUGGCGAUACUGGGUGACACGGUAGAAUUGCUCUACGAGAUCCCGAAACCUGCAAUAUCUUAUUUGAUUCCAGAUCUAAUAUCUCUAAUUCAGAGCGGCUCAGUUUUACUUUCAUAUACAACCUCAUCGCUGAGUCUCAGGGAUAGCUUAACCGGCCGACUUGUCCGACAAUUCAAGAUUAACUUUGGCACUGAUCCCUGGCGACUGCGAUUUGACGCCAGCACUGAACAAAUCCAGACAAACUUUGGGACGAUUACCGUCCAUGGAGGUUUUCCAGAUGAAUGGAAUGAAAUGUUUUCCCUCGAUAAGCACCUAACAGGGUAUGGGAUCAGUUCGGAUCAGUCUUGGCUUCUAUGGAGGGAUAACAGGAUUUUCUGGCUACCACCAGCCUUCCGACCUCGAAAUGCCUCCAACAUUGAGGGGUCGGGAAAUUUUAUAGAAUAA